AUGGCAGACAGUGCAAAAAAAUUGCCGCAGGUGCCAGAGUCUCUGCUCAAGAAGCGUAAGCAGAAUGCCGAAUCACGGGCAAAGAGAGCCAAGGCUGCUGUUGUAGCUAAGAAGACUGCACGUGCAAAGAGGGGCGAGAUCUUCAAGCGUGCUGAGAAAUAUGUCAAGGAAUACAGAAUCAAGGAGCGUGAUGAGAUCAGACUGGCACGUGAAGCCCGUAAACACAACAACUUCUAUGUCCCAGAUGAGCCAAAACUUGCUUUUGUCAUCAGGACUCGAGGUGUGAAUGGUAUUCACCCCAAGCCCCGUAAAGUGAUGCAAUUGUUCCGUCUGCGUCAAAUCAACAAUGGUGUAUUCAUCAAGCUGAACAAGGCAACCAUUAACAUGCUCCGUUUGGCAGAACCUUACAUUACAUGGGGGUACCCCAAUCUCAAGAGCAUCAAAGAAUUGAUCUACAAGAGAGGAUAUGGAAAGAUUGAAGGCAGGCGUGUAGCACUCACAGACAAUGCAGUCAUUGAGAAAAAAUUAGGCCGCUUUGGAAUCAUCUGUAUUGAGGAUUUGAUCCAUGAGGUUUUCACUGUUGGACCCAACUUCAAGCAGGCUGCCAACUUCCUAUGGCACUUUAAGCUAAACACCCCAACUGGUGGCUGGAGGAAGAAGAACAACCACUUCAAUGCUGGUGGUGACUUUGGAUGCAGAGAGGACAAAAUUAAUGCCCUUCUUAGGCGUAUGAUCUAAGUUAUAUUGUAUAGACACUCCUGCACAAUAAAGAUUAUAUGAAGAGGAUAUCAACAUGUUAGUUAAUUGCUAAAAAGUGGACGGAGUUUUCUAUAAUAGAGAGGUUAAGCUUGCACUGUUUUUCACAAUGUGAAUGGAAAGAAGUAAGCUUGUAUCUGAAGUCAGUAAAUGAAUGCUUAGCUUCAGUGUUUCGAGUUCAGAACUGGAACACACUCUAUAUAUUACACAUUUUUAUUUUUUGUGUUUUUUGCAAGCUUAACCUCCCUUAUAUUAGGAAGGAUAAAAAAGAAGUGAUUAUUUUCUUCCAAUUGAUGGCAUUAGAGAUUGUGUGAUAAAUGUCUGUGUCCUUUCAAUAAAUUCUAAUUUCCAUCUCAAUGUUGCAUUCUUUGGGCCGGUAUCAACAUGACCCAGAUAUUACUCAGUGAUCUCCCCAGCAUUAAAGGAAGUGGGUGCAGCACCCACCUCAGAUUUUGAAAAUAG